AUGGCCGCCGCCGCCGCGGUGGUGCUGGAGCUGGGCCACGUCGCCGGCGGCGCCAACCGGGCCGGGCCCGGGGGGGUGGCGUGGGGGCGGGGCGGGCUGGUGGCCUUCGGCUCGUGUCGCUCCGUCCUCCUUUACGACCCGCAGAAAAGAAAAGUAGUUGGUACAUUGAAUGGUCACACUGAAAGAGUAAAUUGUGUUCAGUGGAUUUACAAAAACAAUGGAGCUCGGGAGACAGAAUUGAUUUCUGGAGGAUCUGACAAAUGUCUUAUUCUUUGGGAAACACGAAAUGGGAAGCUUGUAAACUACACUCGCCUUGAGGGCCACACGGAAGCAGUUUGCGCUUUAGAUGCUGUUUCCUUGGCAAAUGAGUCUUCUGCAGAAUCGGAUCUACUCGUAGCUUCUGCGGCUUCUGACUCAACGGUCAGAAUCUGGUCAAGGCAUGGAACGGAAGUUAAAUGCCUUCAGACCCUGCAGUUUGGAAAUGGAUUUGUUAUGGAUGUUUCUUUGUCCUUGCUGCUGGGCAGUGGCGUGGCAGUACUGGCUUGUGGUGGUGAUGAUUGCAAAAUUCAUUUGUACGUGCAGCAGGAUGGGCAGUUUCAGAAACAGUUGCUACUUCGGGGCCACGAAGACUGGAUAAGAGGGGUUGAGUGGGCAGUUUGUGAUGGAGCUCUCUUUUUGGCAAGCUGUGCUCAGGAUUGCUUGAUAAGAAUCUGGAAGGUUCAUGCAACUUCGCCGCCACUUCGGGACAUGGGAGAAAAUGAUGUUAUUAGGUUGAAGGAGAAUAUUUUCACUGUGAAAGAUAAUAGAGGUUUGGACACAUCCUAUGCUGUGACGUUGGACUCUGUGUUAGCUGGACAUGAAAACUGGGUCUAUGCUGCCCAUUGGCAGCCUUCAUUUUUCACAGAUGGCAGGAGGAAGCAGCCAAUGAGAUUGCUUUCUGCUUCGAUGGACAAAACCAUAAUUUUGUGGGCUCCAGAUGAGGAAUCUGGGGUUUGGUUAGAACAGGUCCGAGUCGGAGAAGUGGGUGGAAAUACACUCGGGUUUUUUGACUGCUGCUUCAGCCCAGAUGGCACAAAGAUUCUUGCUCAUGCUUUUCAUGGAGCGCUGCAUCUUUGGAAACAGACUUCAGUGGACAAGCAAGAGUGGACUCCGGAAGUGGUGAUUUCAGGGCAUUUCAAUAGUGUACAAGAUGUGAACUGGGACCCAGAGGGAGAAUUUAUCAUCACUGUUGGUUCUGAUCAAACAACAAGAAUCUUUGCUCCAUGGAAAAGAGAGAACCAACCAGAGGUAACGUGGCACGAAGUGGCAAGGCCUCAGGUCCAUGGGUACGACAUGCAGUGCUUAGCUGUGAUUGGGCGAUUUCAGUUUGUAUCCGGAGCAGAUGAGAAAGUGCUUCGAGUGUUUACGGCACCUAGAAAUUUUGUGGAAAACUUCAGCAGCAUUUCUGGUGUCUCUCUGGAGAAGCUGUACUUCGGUCAAACGAUUGAUCUUCCAGAAGGUGCUACUGUGCCAGCUUUGGGCUUGUCAAAUAAAGCUGUCUUUCCAGAGGACACAGCAGUUCGGACAACGGAAGAGGAGAAAAAUGUUAAUCCUUUCAGUCAGUAUUGUGAGAAUUACUUUCAGCCAUGUAGCCUUACAGAACCUCCCACGGAAGAUCAUCUCUUGCAGAACACGCUAUGGCCUGAAACCCAAAAACUAUACGGACAUGGCUAUGAAAUUUUCUGUGUUGCUUGCAACAGUGCCACAACAAUCAUUGCCUCUGCGUGUAAGGCUUCUAAAAAAGAGCAUGCAGCCAUCAUUUUGUGGAGCGCCAUGACCUGGAAGCAGCUACAGAGCUUGCCGUUUCACAGUCUGACGGUGACACAGAUGGCUUUUUCCCCCACUGGCACAUUCCUGUUGGCCGUGUCGAGAGACCGGAAAUGGUCUCUUUGGAAAUGCAAAGAUAGUCCAGCAGAACCAGAACCAGCUUUCAGCCUCUUUCUCUGCACAGACCAAAACCAGGUGGUGCACAGCCGCAUUAUUUGGUCUUGCGACUGGACUCCCGACAGCAAAUACUUUGUUACAGGAAGCAGAGACAAAAAGGUCGUCAUGUGGGGCGAAUGUUGUUCAGCAGAGGAGAAUAAAAGGGAAGACCCGGCUGCUGUCAAACUUUGUUUUUCAGUCCUGGAAGUCGGUGAUUCAGUCACUGCUGUUAGCGUUAGCCCUGUGCUUGCUUCUGAUGGGAGUUACCUCGUUGCAGUGGGGACAGAAGGUGGGAAGAUCCUCUUGUACAAAUGGAAGCUGCACAAUGAGUGGUUGCUGUGCUCCAAUUGGACUUACUGUGGGGAGACUGACAGCAGCCAAAGCCACUCCCUUGCUGUCAAGCGGCUGAGCUGGAGGAAGCGGGUCGGCAGAGCGGGCCACGACUCCCCCGAGAGCGGCAGGUGGCUCCAGCUGGCCAGCGGGGGAGCCGACCACGCUGUGAAGAUCUUCGAUAUUGAGAGGCACCGACUGUGA